AUGGAGAGAUUGAGGGACGACGUGCGUCACAUUUACGGCAAAGUGACCGAUAUAAACGCUGCAGUCGCGAAUGAGCUACCGACUGACAGUGGCAUGACAUUCUUGCAAGUGAAGAACCACGCGCUACUGACGUACACCAAGUUGGAGCUCUUUUUCGCGCUGCUCAAACUAGAGGAGCCUGGGAAAGUGAGGGACCACCCUGUGUUCAAGGAGCUCGUGCGCUAUCGCACGCUGUUAGAGCGCGUUCGUCCUUUGGACCGCAAGAUGAAGUACCAAGUGGACAAGAUGCUCAAGGUGGCGUUGUCUGGUUGCAACGACCUGGACGAAUCGCUGAGCUAUGCACCGAAUCCGGAACAGCUUGCUGCUGACGGAGCGCAGGACGACGACGAGGAUGGUGACGAUGGAGGUGCUAGUACCAACGAUGGUAUCUACCGUGCACCGCGUCUAGCAGCAGUUCCAUACGAAGAGGAGGAACGUGCGCACGUGAAGCAGGCUAAGAAAGAUGAGCGUAAUCGCAAACGCCUGCAGAAGAGUACCAUUCUUGCCGAACUGCGAGAGGAGUUUAGCGAGCGUCCUGUGGAGAUCCAGGCCAGUGGUGCAAACGCCGUUGACAAAGAGACUGCACGCGAGGAGAGUGAGAAGAAGGAUUUUGAGGAAUCGCGCUUUGUGCGUGUGGUCACGUCACGUAAGGACAAGAUCCGUAAGCGGCAGCGAGAAACAGCUGCGAACCGUGCCGACAAGGUUGGAUUGAUCGACAACUUUGCCUCGGUCCAAGAUAUCUUGUCUUUGGACAAGACGAAACAUCGAAUCCCGAUACCACGUGAGCCGAAAAAGGUUGGCGGCAAGACUGGAGGCAUUUUCUCGCACGUUGAUGCGCCGACCGAGAAGAAGCGGAAGAUGGCGCGAAAUGCAGAUCAGAGCGUAGCUCCACGUGAAGCUAUUUCCACAGCGCCUCAAGAAUUAUCAGACCGCAAGGCACAUCAGCAGAAGAAGAAAGUCGUGUUCUCGAAGCUGUUCUAG